UGAACAAAUUCCUGUGUUUCCCCGCAAGGGUAUGUGUUAACAUGUCUUGCUGCGCUCGGUGCGGCCAAGGCAUCUGUUCGACCGCUGGUAAAAUCGCCCUCAACAAGGUCUGGCACAAGAGCUGUUUCUGUUGCUAUAACUGUAAUCGACCGUUGAAUCUUUGCUCGGCCAAAAUCUACUACGGAGAGGUUUUCUGCGCCUGCUGUUGCCCCACGAAGGAGGUGUGCAGAGUCAACUCCACCCCCAGUUUUAACUAUUGUGAGAGGAUGAGGCCGGUGUGUUGCAAGUCGAGCGAGUCUGAUGACUGCUGCCGCCCCCGCGACAUCCACUCCUGCAGUUGCAUCCCGUCCUGCUGCAGUCCCUGUCCCUGCCAAACCUGCUGCGAGGACCGCUGUUUCAAACGCAUCCAUUGCCGUCCUCGCUCCCCCAAACCCCUCAACUAUCCUCCACGUCCUCCCAAAUGUUCCUGCAAUAAAUGCUGUCCGCCUCCAAGACGCUGUCCUCGGAAAAACCCUCCUUGCCGGCCUCCUCCACGUUGCCCAUCCCCAUGUCCUCCACGUUGUCCAUCUCCAUGUCCUCCUCCACGUUGUCCAUCUCCAUGUCCCCCCUCCAACUGUUGCGAUGGCAAGAAUAAAAUGAUCUAUUUUCGACCGCGAUGUCCGAGUCCUUCUUGCGGUCGUCGAAGUUGCAAACCACGUCCUUGCAACACUUGCAACAGAUGUUGUUCGUGUGAUGAUAGAUGCAAAAGGUGCGGAGAGAAGGUUUUUGCAGCUGAGAAGGUUUUGACAUCGCAUGGGUCGUACCAUCUGGGGUGUUUUUCUUGCUACUGUUGUUGCAAGUCGUUGUGUGUGAAGACGAUGUAUGAGGCCUGUGGAGAGAUUUAUUGCAGACAAUGCUAUAACAACUACUUCGGGAUCAGCAGUUACGGCUACUGCGGCAACGUCUGCUGACGCACCUCACGACAAUAAAAUAACAAAAAGCAACAAAAA